AUGGUAGAUAUCCUAGUAAUCUCUGACACCAUUGUUCGACCAGAGAACUACAAGGUUGCAUCGGAACGGGUUAAGAUCCAUCUCACUCCAUGGGAUCUCUGCUUCCUCCGAACCGAAUACGCUCAAAGAGCUCUCAUCUUUCCAAAACCCGACCCGGAAACCAAUAUGAUCUCUCAACUGAAGUCUUCUCUUUCAGCCGCAUUGAAGAUUUUCUAUCCAUAUGCUGGACGUCUAGUCAAAAUCAACAACGACGACGAAACGACGUCGUUUUACAUAGAUUGCGAUGGUUCGGGCGUCAAGUUCGUCCAUGCAGCUGCCGUGACAGUCACGGUGAGUGAUGUUUUAGACCCGGGAUAUAAUUACUGGACCGAGUUUUUUCCCGCCAACGGAGUUAAAAGCUGGGAAGGGGUCACCAAGUCGUUGCUUGCAUUCCAAGUAACAGAGUUAAAAGAUGGAGUUUUCAUCGGGUUUAGUUAUAACCAUUUGGUUACAGACGGAGCUUCGGUCUGGAGCUUCUUCAGAACUUGGACAGAGAUUUUCUCUACCGGUCGGAAAAAGUUUCCUCCAUUGUCUCUCUGUGGAUGGUUUCUCGGCGGAAUUGAUUACCCUAUUCGAGUUCCAAUCUCAGAGACGGUACCAUCACCUGCAACUGGGAAGCUUGAUGCUGCUUCGUCGUUACGAAAGAAGAUCUUUCGGUUCACGAGUAGAAACAUCUCUGAGCUUAAAGCUAAAGCCAACGGUGAAGUUGCUGGUUCUGAUGACAAUCUGAAUAUCUCGUCUUUUCAAGCCGUGUUGGGGCACAUGUGGCGAUCAAUAAUCAGAAACAGUGAUCUCAAUCCUGAAGAAGUGAUUCAUUGCAAGCUGGCGAUGGAUAUUAGACAGAGGCUAAACCCUCCUGUCGGAAAAGUGUGUUUUGGAAACAUGGUCGGACUGGCGACGACCACCACGACCGCGGGAGAAAUGGUUAAUAAUGGGCUUGGUUGGGCUUCUUUGCAACUGAACAAAACUGUGGGGUCACAAACGGAUGAAGCGUUGAGACGGUUUGCUGAGAAUUGGGUGAAGAAUCCGAAAAUACCAAGUCGUUUGGUGGUUAAUAAUUCGCUCACUGUUGCUGGCUCUCCACGGUUCGAUGUGUUCGAAAAUGAUUUCGGUUGGGGGAAACUGAUAGCGGUUCGAGGUGGACCGGGAAUUGCUGGCCAUGGUAAAAUCCUUGCUUACCCGGGAAAUGAAAAAGGAAGCACGGAGAUUCAUACGUCUUUAUGGUCUCACGUUUUGGACAAGUUAUUGGUUGAUGACGAGUUUUUACAGCAUGUCGAUCUCGUUUAAAUAUUAUCUAUGUCAACAUCAACUAUGUAGGCUAUAUAUUAGCCAAAAGAGUCAACACCAACCAUAUGUGGUGUGUAAUAUAAGAUAUCAAAUAAGGAAGUUUGGAGUGUGUUAUAAUCCAAACCAAAUAAGUCCUAAAGAAUUGUUCGAGUCCUUUAAUGGUAAACAUUUCAUUGUGGUUGUACCUAUUAUGCGUUUGUAAAAUUUGCUCGUGCUAAAAAUGUAAUUCCUUUUUCUCUGAUCAAAC